CUAUCUCUAGAUCUCCCACCCUUUUGUCACUCACCUGGCUCCUAUUCUACUGUACCUUUCUAUCUCUGCCAUCUAUUUAUUAUUCACUUUCAACCCUCCCCCAGUACUACCCCUGGCCUUCCCAAUUAGAAAUUAACACCAUUAAAGAGGAGGAAAUUAAGAUGUCCCCAGUAGCAGCUUCAUCCAGAUGGUGCCCAACCUCAGAGCAACUCAUGAUCUUGGAAGAGAUGUACAGGAGUGGGAUUAGAACUCCCAAUGCUUCUCAGAUACAAAAGAUCACAGCCAACCUCUCUUUCUAUGGCAAGAUUGAAGGCAAGAAUGUCUUCUACUGGUUUCAGAACCACAAGGCAAGGGAUAGACAGAAGCUCAGAAGGAAAGUCAGUAGGCAAUUGCAACUACAGCAGCAACAGCAUUAUUACCAGAUGAAUCAGUCAAAUGAUCGAUUUCCUGGCUACUAUGAGUCUCCUAGUUCUCCUGCUCUUCCACAACUUUUCUUCUUUGACAGCUCUGUUAGCUUUCUUCCUCAGGAAGGAGUUGCAGGUGCAUCGACACAAGCAAUGAAUCAUACAUGGAAGGUAGACAUCCCUCAGAGGGCCGAGAUCAUAGAGAAAUCCACGAUGACAACGUACGGCUAUGAUGGGAAUGCUACGGUGGAGAUGGGUCCAAUCUCCUACUGUUGCAGUACUAGACCCCUUCAGACCCUUGAACUCUUCCCUGUUACAGCCACCAAUCUCAAAGAAGAGUGCAGUGCCACAUCCAAGCAAUAUUGUCUCUAGUAUUAAAAUUUCUUGGUCAUUAUCCUCAUGCAUCUGUCUCUCUCUCUGACUUUUAUUUAUUUGUCUUGGUUUCCGUAAUGCUUCUCUUCUAGGCGCUAGCUAGGGUGAGAAAGAUCUCAAUUGUCUAAUGAGUAAAUUAGUAAUGGGAUACUUGUCCCACAGCACCACCUAUUUGCACUGUGUAUUUUCAGAAGUUGAAAUCUGCAUUAAUGGGCUUGAUAAUGGCAUUUCGUUUUUGUUUUU